AUGGCCGCGAAAUCGCCGUACCUCGGCAGUAGAAUCAAUUUGAUCUCCAAGUCGGAAAUCCGCUAUGAAGGAACUCUGUUUGCCGUUGACAGUCAGGCAUCAACUAUUUCUUUGUCCAAGGGUAAGUUAUUUUGGAUUCUGUUUACUAUUUGAAGGUUUUUUUGAAAUUUGGGGUUUUAUUCUUUGAAGGAUAAGAAAGACGAUAUUGUUAUAGUUGUUCUAAAUUAUGACCGAAGUUUCACAGCGAAUAUAAUGUUAAUUUUGUUUUUUAGUUCGCUCCUUUGGAACCGAAGACCGUCCCGCUCCUCGACAAGUGAAGGCUCGCGAAGAAGUCUUUGAAUAUGUCAUUUUCAAGGCUACCGACAUCAAGGAUCUCGUAGUCAUGGAGGACAUCAGCCCCUCCGAGCUGACUUCUUUCGAUCCCGCUAUCGUAUCCAUGGCCAAGUCUUCUCGCCCAACUAACAACAUGUCCAACCAUCAAGAGCGUGGCGACAGAGGCUACUUCAACAACAGCAACCAACGUCAUCGCCACAACUUCAACAAUGGUGGAUACCACAACUACAACCGUCCCCAAUCUCUUCAUGUUCCCGCCAAGGAGAAGCUCCAGUUUGACAGCGACUACGACUUCGUCAAGGCCAAUGAACAAUUCGAAAAGUCGUUGAACAGCUCGUCCGAGGAGACCAAGAAGGAGGGUGAAGAAGGUAAGAGUUGUUAUUGUUGUUUUCCGGGAAUUAUAUAGGUGUAUGAAGUUUAGUAUUAAUAUAGCCUGACUUUGUUGUUUUAGAGAAGAAGGAGCUUGAGAACAUUGUAGAAGAACCUGAGAAGGCCAGCGAGGAACAAGAGGACAAGACCUACUACAACAAGGACAAGUUCUUCGACGAGAUCUCUUGCGAAGCUUUGGAAAAGUCUGAAGGGUAAGUUUAUUGUAGUUAUAACAUGACGAAGUUCACUUUCUUUUGGUGUUUUUAGAUAUUAGCGUGAAGCAAAGGCUUAAAAAAAACUUUUUAGCAAGUACAACCGCCCUAACUGGAGAAAGGAACGCCAGACCAACCAAGAAACUUUCGGCCCCAACGCGGUUCGCAACCAAAACCAAUAUCAACGUCGUAUGAGCCAAAACCGCUACAUGAACACUCGUCCCAACUACCGCUCUUACGGCAACUGCGCUCCCACCGGUCGCUCGUUCAACUCUAAACCCCGUUCCGCCAACUUUAUCCGUAUCUAG